GUAAUCAUUUUCGAGGUGACCUCGUCAUUGCCUGACUACAUCGUAAAAGUGAUAUGACAAUCAGUAACUUGGACGUUCAGCAGUAUGACGUUAACACCUGAGUCUGUGACCAUGGAGCUGGAAAUGGAUAUUGAGAAACUCGGUUAUGUGAAUGGAAACGUCUCUGAAGACAUGAUCAGGGUCAACUUGACUAGUACCAGCAGAAGACCCACACAGACAUUCAGGAGGAUGCCAACCAUGGAUCCCAUGUUGGCCGUACUCUACCAAUUCCAGUUCUACGGAUAUCCUGUAAUCUUAACCAUAGGGACACUUGGGAAUGUGCUUGCUUACCUGAUAUUUACACGAACUCGUUUGAAGAAGGUAUCGUCAGUUCAAUAUUUAGCAGCACUUGCCAUAACAGACACUGGGUUUUUGUGGACAUCAUUUCUCACUCCCUUAUACGGAUAUUAUAAGGUGCCCAUCAUCAUCCAAGAUGGAUUAUGCCAGUUCAUGACAUUUCUCAACUAUGUGUUUACGUUUUUGUCUAUCUGGUAUCUAGUAGCCCUUGUAGUGGAACGGUUUAUAGGAGUUUACUGGCCUAUGAAAAAAAGCACCAUGUGUACACCCUUCAGAGCAAAACUUGUGAUGUCUUUCAUGGCUGUUGUUGCUGUGGCGUGUUACUCUUAUGUUGUGUACUUUUUUGGACCCGAUAAAAUUUAUGGCAUUUUGCAAUGCAUGCCUUGGAAGGAACUUCGGAUUCAUUUUGAAAAUCUGAGUAAAAUUGACACUUUCGUGAUUGCAAUAAUUCCCUAUGGAGUCAUCGUCAUCUUAACAGCUCUUAUUGUAAUCAGAGGUUGUGAGUAUCGCAUUUCUGCUUCAGUGGAAUUAUUUUCACAUCAGAAUCAAAAUGGAAGAACAGGAUCACAACCCUCGGCACAUGUAACGAAGAUAGUAUUCCCCGUCGUUAUCCUGACAGUAAUGAGUAAUCUUCCUGUUAUGAUACUCAGAACAGCAAUGACCAUCCAUGGGGUAAAGAAUCCUCAGAUUGCUAAGUGGAAUCAAGUGUUUUAUGUUGUGUAUAUUAUCAACUUUGCAGUCAAGUUCAUUGUGUAUAUAACAUUUUCUGGGAGCUUUCGCCGCCGAACAUUGGAAGUGCUUAAGAGAGGAUAUGAUAAAAUCAAACGAGCUUGUCGGAAAGGCGUUGCACACUCUGAAACUGAUGCACACCGGAUAAACAUGGAACCAAUGCCUUCAGACAAAAAUCAAUCUUGUCGAUUGAAGAAAACCGAUAUUUGAAUGUAUAUAUAUAUAUGAAAAAAUACUUUAGGUUUUACGUAACACCUUCAGCACUGUAUCACUCAAAAUAUAUUACUUGGACACAGACAUUUAAUAUCUAUUGUACU